AUGAAGUUGCUUCUCUCUCUUGCCCUAACUUUGGUAGCUGCCAAUCCUGCUGCAGCACAAUGCGACUAUGACUUCUGUGCUGGUAACAUUCAAUAUCCGACAGCGGUUGCUUUCAAUGAUGCAACCCUCGGUGAUGUUUCUUGCGAUUCACUUCCGCUUGGAAUUUCGGCUGGUCUCCUUACAGAUGAGCAAUGUACUAAUCUGCCACAAAUUGAACUCAUCUGCUGUCCACCGGAUGGUCCUUUUCCCUGUGGCAACACAACCAUUGAAUUCUGUCCAGAUGGAAUCCCAGAUCCAAACUUGAUUAUCAACCCCGAAGACCCACCUGAAGAUCAAGGUCCAUGCUCUUUCGUAGUUGUUGGGCUUUCAGCUGGAGUACUUGAUGCUGAAGAAUGUAGUGAUAUUCUUGCACUGCAAUCCAUCUGUUGUCCAUCAGCGAAUGUAACAAUGCCACCGAACAUCACAAUGGUACCUAACUCAACAGAAGCUCCAGUUGCCACAGAACCUCCAACCGAAGAAGAAACAGCAGGAGGCUGCUUCUUGUGCGGAAGCGAUGUUCCAUAUGCGAAUGACAAGACAUGGAUCGGCGAAUCAGUCUGUAACCAACUGAGUAACUUGGUGGAUGGUCUCUCUAGUGGAGAGUUUUGUGAUAGUCUCCUCACUGACGACCAAUUGAACUUUCAGUCGUUCUGUGAAUGUGAAGGUGCUGUUGCUCCCGAUUUCUGUACGCUCUGCCCUGCCGGACAAGAGAUCAUGUCUAGCAGGGCAGUUCCAGGCUUUGAUGGUGGUGUCACCUGCGGUGAAGGUGCUAGCUAUGUAACGCAUAUCCUCGAUGCUUCCCUUUGCGGGAAUUUUGCCACUCCUGAAGUGGUUUCUGCUUGCUGUGUUGAUCCGGAAGGCGCCGUGGAAUCCAGCGGCGGAAUGAGUGUGACCAUAAGCGGUUUCGCUUCCGCCCUUCUAGUUGCCCUUACCUUUUCAAGUUAA